GUCCCUGUCUGAUGUCGACUGCUUCAAUCAAAAGGAUCAAAAGUGAUUCUUUUCUUUAGUUUUUUAUAUAUUUAUAAUUGAAAGCGACUUUGGUGGAGAUUUUUAUGUUUUCAAUAGUAUUGUAGCUCUACAGGAAUGUAGAAUGGCAGCUGAAGAAUAUUCAGAAUCAAGUGAUACCUUCAGGUUCCGAGAUGGUCAUCUUAACCGCACUCCUGAUAAAUAUCAUAAAUACCCGGAAGCUAUUAGAGGGAGUGACACUCCACUCAUUAUUGAUAACGGAUCUUGUUACUGCAGAGUGGGCUGGGCCAGUGAUCCUUCCCCCCGUCUUGUCUUCCGUAGCUUAAUCGCUCGCCAACGAGGCAAGAAAGACUAUGAGUCUCAGAUCGGAAACGACAUUCCUAAUGUGGAGACGAUACGCUGGUUGCUGAAGACACAGUUCGACCGUGAUGUGGUCACAAAUUACGACUCACAAGAGCUUGUAUUUGAUCACAUCUUUUCGCAUCUUGGUCUGGACACAGAGGGCGCUGUCACACAUCCUCUAGUACUGACAGAGACAGUUUGUAAUCCGAGUUACUGCCGGCAGUUGAUGUCGGAGCUUUUGUUUGAGUGCUACCAUGUUCCUAAACUGGCUUUUGGUGUGGCUAGUCUAUUCAGCUUCUAUCAAAACUUCCCGAGCUCAGGAACCUCUGAUGGUCUGGUACUCUCCUCUGGUUACCAGACUACCCAUAUUCUUCCAAUAAUUCAAGGCAAAAUAGACGUCACACAUAGUCGACGAGUCAACAUCGGUGGUCUGCAUUCAGCAACAUUCAUGCAUAAGUUGCUGCAACUGAAAUAUCCAGCACAUUUUGCUGCUAUUAAUUUGAGUAGAGCCGAGGAGCUGGUGAAUGAGCACACAUACGUAUCAGUGGAUUACAAUGCAGAGGUGAAUGACUGGCAGUCGCUACCCUACUGUGAUAAACACAUGCAUAGAAUACAACUACCAUUUACACCGUUGCCUGGAUGGUCCUCCGAAGAUAAGAAACAAGACAAGAAACAACAGCAGAUAAAACGCCUUCAGGAGAUCAAUGCUAAGAGGAGAGAAGAAAGACUUGCUGCUGAAGAGGAUAGGAUGCAGCAAUUGAAGAGUGUUCAAGAACUCCUUGAAGACGAAGAUGAAGAAGGUUAUCAGAGAGCUCUACUGGAGCUGGGAUACUCCUCAGGGGCGGAGCUACAGUCUAUGAUUGACAAGCUGACAGCAACCAUUCAGAAGAUCAAAGACAAGAUAUCGGGGGUGAGCAGCCAAUCACAGCAAGAGCUUUCCCAAAUUGACCAAUCACAGGAGACUCGAACAAAGAUCCCAGACGGUGAAGGAAGCGAUAACGAGUCUGAGAAGGGGAAGUUAUGUGAUCUUGAUCUGCUUCUGAGAGAAGUUGAUCAGGACUAUGACAGCAAAGAAACCAGUCCCCAACCUACUCCUAGGAUGACCUUUGACCUUGCCGAAUACUACCAGCUUCAACUCGGAGUAGAGAGAAUUCGCAUCCCAGAGGUCUUGUUCCAACCGUCCAUCAUUGGUCAUGAUCAGGCUGGACUGGCUGAAACCUUGGAUCAAGUCUUAAGGAGUUAUGACAGUAAGACGCAAGAUAGAUUGGCACAGAGGGUUUUUCUGACUGGAGGUAACAUGAUGUAUCCUAAUAUGAAGGAGAGGAUAGAGACUGAACUGAUGGCAGUGCGGCCGUUCCAAUCAACAUUCCAAGUCAUUCGAGCAGGAGAUCCAGUUCUGGAUGCGUGGCACGGAGCUAAGAAAUGGUCCACCUCUCCUUCUUUAGCCAAUGAUGGGUUUGUGACGAGGGAGGAAUAUCUUGAGAAAGGAGGAGACUACCUUAAGGAACACAUCGCAUCCAACAGAUGCAAAACUAUUCCUGGCGUGGUUCAAACAUGACGACCCCCUGCCAUUCCAACAUAGCCCUGCCAUUCAGUUAGAAGUGGAAUCUACAAUAAAAUACCACAAGACUUCAUAACUACAUCAAAGGCUUUUUUUUAACACUGUUUUAUUCAGUAUUUACAUGGCAACAAUGCAUGUUAUGUUUAUGAUUUUUUUAAUAGUUCUAUUUUUUUAAUAUUUUUUUUUACAAAAACUGAAUAGUUCAGUGACAAGUUUUUUGUUGAAAUGCUUAGAGCCAGUACACAGCUACUACUAAUGGAAUUUAAGCGGUUAUUUAGAAUGCUUAUUCAAAGUGUUUUUCCUAGACACAAAACAUAAACAGUGAGGUAAAUAAAUGAUUUUAAAAGAGAUUUUUACAAAAGGGAUUUGAAGUGCACAUACAGGGUCAUAUUUUCAAGCACCUUUUGUGUUGCAGAAGUUUACCAGCAAAAUGCAAAGCAAGAAGCUAUUAUUCAAGUAGAUUAUGAACCCUUGACACAGAAUAGCUGAGAGAAAUUGAUGAAAAUAUAAUACAGUCUUUACAUCAGUAGAGACUAUAUGUAUCAUACAAAUUAAUUUGAGCAAUGGCUCAUUAUUGUGGACAGUUUAGCUACCCAAGUAUAAGAUCUUGAACAGAUUAAAAUUGUUAAAAUCCAAGUUUCUGCUAAGCAAGAUUCGUCUGUGCUUUGCACGUUUGUGUGCUUACAGGCUUUAUGAAAACAUUACCUAGUGCAUCAGGAGAUCCUGGACUUGAUUUAACAAAACGCUAAGAUCACUCAUUUUAGGAUGUGUUGUCAGUAUUACCAUAGUGAUUUGUAUUGUGACAUCACUUUGCUUUGCAAUCAAGAUCGAUUCACAUCUUAAGAUCGAACCCUGGCUUGCGUCUCCUCAAUGUGAUAAGCAUCCUUAUAGGUUUUUGGGGACUUGCCGUAUUUAAAUACCGGUAAUAUUUAUUACAAUACCCUCAUACACAAGUAAAUCUUAUACUCGUAACUCUCGUCACAGUGCUACUUGCUGUGCUAAGAAAAGGAAGGCAGUUUAUUUUUUCCUUUAAAAAAAAAAGAAAAUUGUUUACUGUAAUUAUUUGAAUACAUGUACAAAAGUUUUAAAUCAAAUGAACAUUAAAAAGAAAUAAAUGAAAUGACAUAAAUGUAUGCAAGCAUGCUUGUACUGUUUAAAUAAGUGUUUUUUUUACUAAAUGCUUUAAAUACUCUAGCUUUCCGAGCUUUUACUUUUAUUUCUUAAGAAUUUUACUAAUUACCAAGACAAAAGUAAUUUUACACUUUCCUCUCAAGACUUUGACAAAAUUCUGACACAACUUCUUAAACAUCGCCUUAGGCUUAAAUCACAAUUAAUAAAAACAAGCAAACUAGAAGCUUUUUUUUGCAACUAACAAUAAUACUUACUUUACACGAGAGUACUUCUAGCAUACUCGGGUUUUUACAGAUUGUCAAUCAAAUAAAAAACAAUAUUUUUAAUAACAAAGCCAGAUUGUCUAGAGGUUUUCUACCCUAGGAAUUUGAACAAAUAACCAAGCCAACGUUUUCUUUGGGCCAUAAGACAAAAAAAGACUUGAUUCAAGUAUUUUGUGUAUACUAAGAAAAUAAUUGAGAACGGUUAUUGGAUAGUUGUAAUAAACAUACAAAAAUAAA